GCUGCAUUUAACAGCUGCGUUGUCCAGAGGAUGAACAGACAUGUCUACUGUAAACGAACAACUCUUGGAGGUUUUGGAGGAGCUGCUUGAUGAGGAACUGGAGACUUUUCAGUGGCAUCUUUACAGCAAAACCGUUGAAGGAUUUGCUCAUAUCCCAAAGUCUAAAGCUAAAGGCUUGGACAGGAAGGACACUGUGACUCUUGUGGUGACAACAUAUGGUUAUGACGGUGCUGUGACCAUAACCAUAAAGAUACUGGAGAAAAUGAGACAGAAGCUUUUAGUUGAUAAACUAAAAGAGUUUCACAGCAACGGUCAAAUAAAUAAGACAGACAAAGACAGUGACCUUGUUACCAUCCAAGGGAGACUGAAAUCUAAAUUAAAGGAAAAGUGCCAGAACAUUUAUGAGGGAAAUGCGGAAGAAGGAGAUAACAUCUACUUGAAAAGAAUCUACACAGAGCUCCAUGUGAUAACAGGAGCCUGGGGAAGCCUAAGUGAUGAACGUGAGGUCAGACAGCAGAAGUCCAAGCAAACAUCGGUGGAGGAAACAAUUAACAUUCAAGAUCUUUUUAAGCCUAGGCCCAAUCAAGAAAAGCGCAUCAGAACUGUUCUUACCCAGGGUAUCCCUGGAAUGGGUAAGACUGUCUGUGCCCAGAAGUUCACACUGAGCUGGGCGGAAGGAGAGGAACACCAGGACAUAACCUUUCUCUUUCCACUUCCUUUCCGGGAAUUGAAUUCAAUCAUUGGCGAAAGGAACUAUACAUUAAUGCAGCUGCUCCACCACUUUUUCCCUGACAUUAAACCCAUUCAGAAGCUAUCAGAAUGUAAAGUGCUAUUCAUUUUUGAUGGCCUUGACGAGAGCCGUCUGCCCUUAGAUUUCAAACACAACAAGGUUUUGAGAGACGAGACGGAGUCGGCCUUGCUUGAUGUGCUGAUCACCAACCUCAUUGCAGGGGAUCUGCUCGGGAAUGCGCUCAUCUGGAUAACCUCCAGGCCUGCAGCGGCCAACAAAAUUCCCCGAAAGUACAUUGACCAGUGGACUGAGAUGAAAGGAUUCACUGAAAACCAGUGGCAGGAAUACUUUAAGAAGCGUGUGAGGGAUGAUGCACUGUCGCUUAGGAUGAUCAACCACGUGAAAUCAUCGAAAAGCCUGUAUGUUAUGUGUCAAAUACCUAUUUUCUGCUGGAUCACCGUCAAGUUGAUGAAAAAAAUGCUGCAAGACAAGGCAACAGACAGAAUGCCUAACACCCUAACUGAGAUGUAUGCGUAUCUUCUUCUCUGCCAGACUGACCGGAUGAGUGAAAGGCAUUACACCAUGAGAAGUGAUAAUGUCUAUUUGAAGCUUGCAGAAUUAGCCUUCCGACAGCUCGAAAAAGGCCGACUUAUCUUCUAUGAGGCUGAUCUGAAAGAAUGCCGCAUGGAUGUGAACGAGGCAACCAUGCAUUCAGGAGUCUGCACAGAGAUCUUCCAGAUGGAGGAGGGCAAGAGGCAUAAGGUUUUCAGCUUUGUGCACUUGACUAUCCAGGAGUUUCUGGCGGCUGUGUUUGCCCAUUAUUCAUACAUGCAAAACAAGGACAAUGUCCUUCUGGGAAGGCUUGGAAGAUUUCCCUCAAAACUCUUGAAAAAGUCUGUUUUUGGCUUCCAUAAAUGUGCCAUUGAAAAAGCUUUGAGUAGUAAGACCGGCCAAUGGGAUCUCUUCCUUCGCUUUCUUCUGGGCCUCUCGUUGAAGUCAAACCAGGAGCUUCUUUACAGAAUACUGCCUUUGGAAGUAGAAGGAGAGGAGGAUGUGGCAAACACUAUACAGUUUAUCAAAGACAUUAUCAGUGCAGAACCUGAAAUGAAUCUUAACUUGUUCCAUUGUCUGGGGGAGCUCAGGGAGGAAUCUCUUGUUCAGGAAAUCCAGAGCUUUGUGAGUUCUGGAAAGAUUGCAAGCAAACAGUUAUCUCCUGCUCAAUGGUCGGCUCUUACUUUUGAGCUAAUGACAUCCGAGGCUCUGGAGAAAGAGUUUGACCUAAAGAAAUACAUAAGAUCAGAAGAGGGGGUAGAGAAGCUGCUUCCUGUUAUAACCUCCUCCACUCAUGCCCUCCUAGAUGGUUGCAAGCUUACUGAAAACUGCUGCCAAUUGCUGGCCUCCGCGCUGAGCUCAACAUCCUCUCAACUGACAGAUUUAGAUUUGAGCAAGAACAGUCUGAGGGAUUCAGGAGUGAGACUGCUUUCUGAUGGCCUAAGGAGUCCUCAUUGCAAGCUGAAGAGUUUAAGACUACAUAAAUGCAAAGUUGAGGGUGGCUGCUGUGAGGCUUUGGCAAAUGCUCUUACCACAGAGUCGACACAGCUGAGAGUGCUGGACCUGAGUGCUAAUGACCUUAAUGAAGAAGGAGUGAUGGCCCUGAGUCUGGGACUGGGCAGCCGUCAUUGCAAAGUGGAAACACUGAGUUUCAAUCAGUGCAAACUGGGAGAGAACGACUGUGUGGCUUUAGCUUCAGUCUUCAGCUCACAUGCUUCUCAGCUGAAAUUUCUUGAUCUGAGUAAUAACGGCUUAAAGGAUGCUGGUGUAUUUCAGCUUUCAGCUGGACUGAAAGAUCCAAACUGCAAACUGGAGAUUCUCAGACUCAGCUGGUGUGGUUUAACACAGAAAUCCUGCAGCCACAUAAGCCCAGUCCUCAGCACAGAUUGCAGCACAAUCAGAGAGCUGGACCUUGGUGGCAACAACCUACAAGGUCCAGGUUUCAGCCAACUGUGCUCUGGUCUCAAAAGUCAGAACUGUAAACUGGAAACAUUAAGAUUGAAUGACUGUAGUCUCCAGAAGUGCGGUGCUGAAAUUGCUUCAGUCCUCUCCACCAGCAGCUCACAGCUGAAGGAGCUUGAUCUGUGUGGAAAUGACCUCGAGGACCAGGGAGUGGAGUUGCUCUCUAAUGGAAUAGCAAACCCAAACUGUGUACUAGAAACCUUAAGGCUCUCAUUUUGCGGAGUCACAGUAAAAGGCUGCACACAUCUGGCUUCAGCACUGAGCUCCAACCCUUCGCACCUCAGAAAGCUGGACCUUAGCUACAAUUUUCUGCAGGAAUCUGGAGUCAAUCUGAUCUCAGAUCAGCGGGAUAAUCCACUUUGUAAGCUAGAGGAUCUAAGGGUGGAUCACAGUGAAGAAUGUUAUCUGAAAUCAAUUCUGAAAAAUUACACCUGCACCCUGACCUUUGACUCCAACACGGCAGCCACGUCUCUCUUUCUGCACGAUGGGGGCAAACAGGUGACAUGGGUCAGGGAGUCACAGCCGUACCCAAAGCACCCGGAACGGUUUGAAAGCGUCUCCCAGGUCCUGUGUCACCAAGGCCUCACUGGGCGCCAUUACUGGGAAGUGGAGUGGCGAGGGCGCUGGGUGGACAUUGCUGUCGCCAUGAGGGGAAUCAGCCGCAGGGCGAGUAGUUAUUUGACUGGGUUCGGCAAAACUGAUAAGUCCUGGUGUCUAUUUUGCUCUGAGGAUCAUUACAGCGUUGAACAUGACAGCAGGGGGUCGGAAAUAUCUGCACCUGCGUCUCCCUCUCACAAGGUUGCAGUCUUUCUGGAUUGGCCUGGAGGGACCUUGUCUUUUUAUAGUGUUUCUGCUGGGAGCCUCAAACAUCUUUACACCUUCUACAAUAACUUCACUGAGCCGCUCUACGCUGGGUUUGGGAUGGAAGAGGAUGACUGCUCAGUCAUUCUUUGCUCUAAUGCUGAUAUAUAGGAACUUAUUUCUCCAUCUGAGCAUGUGGUAUGAAUAAAAGAUAACAGCUAAAAAGAUCCAUUGUCACCACAAAGCAGACGUUUUUGUUUUAACUUUAGUUUUCCUCUCCCUUGGCGUAAACUACAGCCCUGCAAAUAAACUUCAGAAGCCAAAAGCGAACACAAGAAAUCAAAUUUAAAAACAUAUUGUUAUCCUGAGCCUCCUUCUGUUAAAAGGAUUCAUGGAAAUGCAGGUCAUUCUUAACAGAGCAUUUUUCAGAGACUUUUGUUUGGUUUUAUUUUAGCCAAUCACGGUCAUGUUCAAGGCAUUUCCCUUUUCCCCUUUCUGUUCUAAUAAGGAUCGUUUCUUAAACAGAUGACUCUAGGAGCCUGGAAUGUUUCUGUCUACACCUCCCACUCAUCUAAGCAAUGACCUACAGAAAAAACUGAACAUUGAGAUGAAAAGAAAGUAUAAGAAGAUAUUAAAAACCAAGAAAUGCUUAAACUUACUGGGUAGGCCUUGGGGAUCUACAUUGUUUAGAUUAUUUAGGACCAUCAAUUUUCCAUCAUUUAAACCACAAAUACUGUUCUCAGAUUUAGAUCUAUCACCUCCUACAGUUCCUACAGUACUCUUUAGUCAUUAUUUUCAUUGAGUCUAUUAAGUGUUUAUCCAAAUGAAAAGCUGUUUUUCUAACCUCCAUCCUGUCUGCAUUAAGUUAGAGGCAACUGAGCCUUUCACUAUUGUUUUCUCUGAAUGGAUGGAGUCAAAUGCAGUGAUAGGCUGUAAUUAUGUGGUUAUACUGAAAUGGAAACCAGUGUGUUAUAAUGACGCACAACUUCUUGUGCAUUUUAUUUUGUUUUAUCUCCAUAAUCUGAAUAAGAGGAGAUAUUUGUUGGGAAAAAAUUUGCCUGUAAAGUUUAUUUCAUAGAUUUAACAUGUCAUGGUCUCUAGUGCAGCUGUUGAAAUUAGCAUCUAUUUUUGUCUGUUGUCUUUUAAUUCAUAGAUGACAAUCAGUAUCAAUAUAUUUUUAUUGAUUUUGAGAUAAUCCAAUAUUAGAAGAUUAAGUAGUUUCUAUCCAACAUUUUGCCUGAAUUUCCAUUUUUAAUCCAUCGCUUGAUCGGGUGUCAUUUAGCAUAAAUAAAUAAAAAAGCAUUUGAGAGCUGGUUUUGAUCUAAACAUGUGUUUGUUUUUAUGUUCAGAUGAAUCAAUGACUUAAGGCUGCAUAAACUGACUAUCAGAUGAUUCUUA